AUGAGUACGACAUCAGAUCAGAAUAAUGUUGCUCAUACGACACUAUUAAACAAUACUCUUCUACAUGAGAAUGAUUUGACCAAAAAAGCUAAAAGUCAAUUUAGCUAUCACAAGGAUGUAUUGAAUACGUUUGAAUCAUAUCGUCAAAGUGUACUGCGUAAUGAACUGAUAACAGAUGUUGGUCGAAACGAACAUAAUAAAUUUCGCGAUCAAAAUUUACCUACUAUUGGUCCGUUGAUCAUUUGUGGAGUUGCCCGUACAGGAACAACAUUACUCUAUAAUUUGCUUGCCUGCGAUCCGAAUUGUCGUGCACCAUUGUUCACUGAUAUAAUGAUUGACGUUGUUCCACCGAUUGCACGAUCUGAUUCGAUCGAACAAAAACGACGAAUCGAUAUUUUAAACUCUUCUUCACAAGAAAGUGAACAGUUAACCAGUAACUUCAUUCAAAUAGCUGCAUGUCAUCCAUAUUUUCCAAAUGAAGAAGAUUGUCAUAUCCUGCGUCAAGCCGGCUAUUUUCCAUUGUUUGCAUUUAUAUCUGACAAUGAAGAUUCUAAUGCAGAAAGUUGGAUCCGUAAUGAAAUGAACAAAGGUUAUGCAUAUGAUUAUCAUGAGACAUUCAUGCGCAUGUUAAAUUCGGUUGACGCACCGAAGUCACAUUGGUUAUUAAAAACACCAUUCCAUGCUUUUUAUCUUGAUGAGCUUCUUCGACAUUAUCCGAAUGCAUUAUUAAUUAUGACACAUCGGUCUCUUGACGAAGUUCUUCCUUCAUGGUGUAGUUUGGCGUCGAUAGCUGCAAAUGAGCAUUUUGAUGCAAUGAACUCGAUCAGCCGAGAUAGAAUAACGAAACGAUGUUAUCAAAGCAUGGAUACAUCAAUCGCAUGUAUAAUGAAAUUUCGUACAUGUCAAAAUGGUGAAGUUGAUCAAUCGAGAAAAAAUAUGUUUGAUAUUACUUAUGAUCAUUUGAUGAAGAAUCCCAUUGGUGUUGUUCAUCAAAUCUAUGAUUUUUUCAAUCUUCAAUGGUCGAACGAAUUCGAAAUAGCGAUGCAUAAUUGGCUUCUGGAAAAUCCUCAGGGCAAACACGGUCGUCAUAAGUAUACUCUUUCCAACUUUGGUUUCAGUCGAGAAAAUAUCCUAGCACGUUAUGCUGAUUAUACGGAAUUGUUUCUAUCUUCAACAUUUUCACAUAAUCAAUCUCCAUUGACAAAUUGA